CGGCAUCGUUGCUUGCGAGUAACAUGCUGGCCGUUGAUUGGUCCAAGCUGUGGGCGAAAUUCUGCAGCCAAAACACGCGACGGACCUCAAGCUUCAACAUCAACAAAUUGCUUUUUGCUCGCAUCAGCAGCUCCCUCUGCUUCCCUGCAAAGCGCCGCUUCGCAUUUAUUUUCCAGCACCAAAUUUCGACUUGGUUCCGGUCGCUCUGUUUAAUUGACGAUAGUUCUUGUUCCAUUAUCCGAAUCGAUCGACGAACCGCGACGCUUCACAAAAGUCGGCUCUUGACGAGCCCGCAAUCACAAACACAAUGUCCCUUUUCGGUCAGCCAGCGGUGCCAGCAGGCGGCUCUUCGGUGUUUGGCCAGCCUGCACAGAAUCAGCAACAAGCGGCACAGCCAGCAGCCAGCGGUGGACUCUUUGGCGGACUCGGACAGGCCAAGCCUGCUGCUACAACAGGCGGACUCUUUGGUAGCACGCCUACUGCGGCCCCUGCAGCUGGAACUGGUUUAUUUGGCCAGUCUACCGCUCAUACACAGCAGCCAGCAGCAACUGGUGGUGGUCUCUUUGGUCAAGCCAGCGCGCAAGCCCCGGCUGCAACAACUGGUGGUGGUCUCUUUGGUGGUCAGGCCGCUGCCAAGCCAUCCCUCUUUGGCGCAUCUACGGCUGCUGCUCCUGCUGCGGCCCCUGCUGGUGGUCUCUCAUUGUUUGGUGGUGCUAGUGCCCAACAGCAGCAGCCUCAGCAGCAAGCUGUCGGUGGAUUCGGUACCAGCUUGCUCAACGCCCCGGCACAGACCAUCGCGCCUCGUGCUGCCACCGCUUCAUCACAGCCCGCUGGUGCCUACUUUGAUAGUCUUUUCGCCAAGACACAGAAGGAUGGCAAUGGCAACACCAAGACCGAAGACCUCCCAAGCCUUGAGCUCGGCCUGGGCGAUCUUCGACACCGAUUGAGAAAGCUGCAGUCUAAGCCAAGUGAGAAGCCAUUGGAUGGCAAGGCUCACUACCUGCUUGCUGCGGCCGGUGUCGACCCCAGUGCUGCUGCCAAAGACCUGGGUAUGCUUGAUGUGCAGGGGGCUCGCGCUGAGAGAGCCUCGCACCCUAGCCACGCUCCUAGCGAUAUCGACGUCGAAUCCUACCUAUCCAACCUGCAAACGAAGACGACGCUCAGCAUGAUUUCUGACGGCCUCGAACGAUCCCUCCGCGACUUUGAUAACUUCCUCGAAGAUAACGUUGCCAUGGAGUGGGACGCUCAGCGCAAGCGCAUCUACAACCACUUCGGCAUCAAGCCUCGUGAGAGUGGCAUCGCUCACGCCCGCGAGUCCCAGGCUGGCUUUGGCCGCUCACGCCGAAGCAAGAGCCAUGCACCGGCCCGCAGCACCCAUGGCGCGUCGCUCUCCAACUCUCAGUUCCACCGAUCCGUCAUUGGGGCUCCCACGCGUGUCGGCACUCACCAGGCCGAGUUCUCUGAUAUCGACAGAUCUAGUGAAGCCCAGAAGAAGAGAGGCGCCACAGAAGACCGUGCUACUCGCGAUCGCCAGGCCAAGCUGGCCGAGAAGAUCCGCCACCUCAACGUUUCCCGCUUGAACCAAGUUGGUUACCCGAUCCUGGGCGAGCUAUGUGAAGUAGAGCAAAAGUCGCAUGAGCCUCAUGCGCCACACGUCGCGGAGGCUUACCGCGCUGUCAUGGAGAUUGUUGGAGAGGACUCUUCGCCGGAUCCCGCGUUAGGUUAUGUGCCUAGCCGUGAACGACAAUUUGCAAACAUGUAUCUGGAUGAGAAUCCCAACUCUACCCAGUCGGUGGAGAUGCGAAGAACGAUACUGAGUGGCGUCAACAGCUUCCUUGAAAAGCAGUUUAUGCGCGAGGUAGAAUCUCUCAUCGCCAAGCACCCUCACGAAGCCAAACUAGGUGGUCUUCCGGACGUCACAAGCAAGAUCAAGGCAUACAUUCGUUUGCGAUCUGCGCGCAAGGAUCUUGUCCCCGACAACACAGAGCUGCAGCAGAUUCAGGGCGAGUAUGUUUGGGCUGUUGUAUUCUACCUCUUGCGCUCUGGACACGUCAAUGAAGCCGCUAAAUACGUCAACGACAACAGUAACCACUUCAGAGGCAUCGACCGUACCUUUUCUACGUAUCUGAACAACUAUGCUGCGAGCGAUGAUCGCAGAAUCACAAACCGCAAGCUGCUCGACCGCUGUACCAACGAAUACAUUCAGCGCUACCGCAACGCACCCGAAAACACCAUUGAUCCCUUCAGGAUGGCCUGCUACAAGAUUAUUGGUCGUAUCGAGCUUGCCAACCGCAACCUAGACGGCCUCAAGACCGACGUGAAUGACUGGACAUGGCUGCAGUUCAACUUGGCCCGCGAAGGUGACAAGACUGUUGAAAUGGCUGGCGAGUCAUUUGGUCUGGCCGAACUUCAGACUAGUGUUCGUGAAAUCGGAUUGAAGCACUUCCCCAAGGCCGCCUCGGACGAUACAAGUGGUGCAUUCGGGCUGUACUUUUACUUGCAGGUGCUGGCAGGCAUGUUUGAAGAUGCUGUGAGCUACCUCUACUCGUUCUCCUACGUCGAUGCCGUCCACUUUGCCCUGGCCUUGGAGUUCUACGGUCUGCUUAGACCGAGCGACCCUAUGACUUCGCCCAACGAGCUACGCAGCUUGAGCAGCAAGAACUUGCCACAAAUCAACUUUGGCAGAAUGAUUGGAUACUACACUCGCGACUUCCGUGCUGCGGAUGUCGUCUCUGCAGUGGAUUAUCUUACUUUGAUAUGCCUAAACCAGGACUUGGGUGGUGAGGCUGGCCGCCGCCAGAGCAACCUCUGCCAUGAGGCCUUGCGAGAGCUGGUCCUGGAGACUCGCGAAUUUAGCAAGCUCAUCGGUGACAUUAAGCCCGACGGUCAGCGUCUACAAGGUAUCAUUGAGAACCGCGGGCCUCUUAUUGGCUUCGACGAGGAGGAUGACUUUAUCAACACAGUCACUCUUCAAGCUGCCAGCUUUGCGGACGAAAAUGGCCGCACAACAGACUCUGUCCUGCUCUACCACCUUGCUGGCGAGUACGAUGCCGUUGUCGCCAUUGUCAGCCGGGCUUUGAGCGAGGCCAUCUCGCUGGAGAUUGGCGAGGAUCCCAUGCGUCUAGCACCCGUCAAGCCUCGUACCGGUGGCAAAGAGGCAGAGGGUCAGCAGGGCACAAGCUUGAGCCUGGCAUCCAUUGACGAUCCCAUCGAGCUGGCCAAGACCAUGAUGAGCAUGUACGAACGCGACGCCAUGUUCUACCGCAAGAUCCAGGACCAGAACAAGGUGGCCUGCCGCGUGCUGCUGGAGAUGAGCACCAUCAAGAGCCUAGUAGAAACCGGCCAGUGGGCCCAGUGCUUGGAUAAAAUCCGGGGUCUCGAGAUUCUGCCCCUGGACGCCGGCGGCGACGCCAGCACUAUCCGUGCGUUUGCUGCCAAGUUCUCCGGCCUUGCACAGCCCGUGUCGAUUAAUGUGCCGAACUUGUUGAUGUGGACCAUCAUUAGCUGUGUCCGCCAGCGGGAGCAGCUCACCAAUGGCCAGUUUAGCGGCAACGAGGGAACCAGACGUAUGAUGGUGGACCAGCUGAAGCAGAUGACUCUUGAUCUGACUACAUACACCAGUCAGCUCCGAUACCGAUUCCCGCCUCACUUGCACGAGGCUCUGGCGCGGGCAUCAGCAGAGUAGUUGGCUUCAUUGUGGUGAUGUUGAUAUCAUUGGAUGAGUGCGGACCGGGUACCUUUUUUUCAUAAUAGUUCUUUUUUCAAUAACGAACAGGCUGGUUUUGUUGUCUUGUCUUUUGUAAAAACAAAGCUUUGCCAUAUUUCUAGACGUCUUAUUACUCAUUUCGGUUCGAAUACGUGCUUAGCGUAAAAUCGCAUGUGGUCACCGCGUGGGGAUGUCACAGUGUAUAUCGGCGCCGCUACACCCUCUUCGUGAGUCACCCC